AGCACCAGAAUUCGAUUGACGUUUGGAAUGUCAUUUUUCAUUGAAAGUUAUCACAGCGGGAAUGCAGAAAUCUCGUUUGUUGAUUCCAAGUGAUUGUACCUGAGCGAUACGCGCCCAUAUAAAUAAAUUUCGCGUUACAAUGCCGCCAAGUAGCUUACGAGUCGUGUACGCGUUCGCCAGAGAAAUGCACCCAAAAACUAGCGAUGUUUUCAUUCAAUACGGAACGGCCGGAUUUCGCACAAAAGCCAAUCUACUGGAACAUGUAGUGUAUCGCAUGGGCCUGCUUGCAGUGAUUCGCUCCCGCGUCAAAAAUGGUCGCACAAUAGGCAUAAUGAUCACCGCCUCGCACAACCUGGAGCCUGACAACGGGGUGAAGCUGAUCGACCCCGAUGGCGAGAUGUUAGAGCAGAGCUGGGAGGAGAUUGCCACCAGGCUCGCUAAUGUCAGUGACAAUGACUUAGAAUCAACGACGGGCGAGGUGAUCAAGCAGGUCGGCGCUGAUAUGUCUCUGAAGGCCAGCGUCUUCAUUGGAAUGGAUACCAGAUAUACAAGCCCUCGCUUAGCGGCGGCGGCGGCUAACGGCGUUAUCGCCCUUAAAGGCACCCCCAAAGAGUUCGGAAUCGUCACCACUCCCAUCCUUCACUUCUGCGUCAAGUGUCGCAAUGACAAUACGUACGGCACGCCCACCGAAGAAGGCUACUACGAGAAAAUAGUGGGCGCGUUCAAGAACAUUCGCCAAAAGUUGCCAGUGUUCGGCGAAUACAACACCACUCUAUACGUGGACGGCGCCAACGGAGUGGGCGGGAAGAAGCUGAACAUCAUCAGGAAGAGCCUGGAUGGCGAGCUGGAUCUCAACCUCUACAACUUGGGCGGUAAUGGAGGGAAACUCAAUUUGAAUUGCGGCGCAGACUUCGUGAAGGUGUCUCAGAAGCCCCCAGUGGGAGUCGAACACGCGCCCUUCCAGCGCGUGGCUUCCUUAGACGGAGAUGGCGACCGGAUCGUCUACUACUAUCUCGAUGACAAAGACAAAAUGAACCUCCUUGACGGUGACCGCAUAGCGACGUUAUUGGCCAGUUACAUCACCGAACUCCUAAAGGCGAGCGAGGCGACCGAGCUGAAGUUGGGGCUGGUUCAGACUGCGUACGCUAACGGCGCGUCUACUAAAUACAUUACUGAGGAGUUGAAAGUCCCCGUGACCUGCGUUAAGACUGGAGUGAAACAUCUUCACCACGCAGCUUUGUCUUACGACGUCGGCGUAUAUUUUGAGGCGAAUGGUCACGGCACCGUGGUUUACAGUGCGCAAGCGAAGAGGACUAUCGCCAAGAUCGCUAGAGAAGGGUGACGCAAAGCGGCCCAACUAUUGCUAGACUUCAUCGACAUGACUAACGAGACGGUCGGUGACGCAAUCUCCGACUUAUUCUUGGUCGAAACAGUGCUAUGUGCGCGAGGGAUCAACGCCAGGCAAUGGAUGGAGGCCUAUACUGAUCUGCCGUGCCGCCAGCUGAAGGUUACUGUACAGGAUCGCAACGCCAUCUCAACAACGGAUGCGGAGCGUAUCUGCACGGCGCCCGAGGGCUUACAGACGAAAAUCAACGAGCUUGUAGCGGGAUACAAACAUGGCCGCGCCUUUGUAAGGCCUUCAGGCACUGAAGACGUAGUACGGGUGUACUCGGAGGCUGACACACAAGAGUCAGCAGACAAGUUAGCUGCAGAAGUCGCGCAAGCAGUUUUCGACUUGGCCGGCGGCGCGGGCGAGCGGCCAGUGUUACCCGCAUAAACGAACUGUGAUAGCACUGAGUUUGGCCACGCAAAUACACACCUUACCCCGUUGAGAUAGGCCGCUGUUUAACCUGCAUGAGUUACCUAAUUUUAUACUGGCGCAGUUACUUGAGGAAUUGGCCGAGACGAAACGCGAGCACGCACUCUGAAGUAUUGGCGAUGUACUAUCGGCAACAGCGUUAACUGCCCAUUGCUUGUCAUGUCAUCUCGUUCUAUCGCAAAGAAUGACCAUUUGAUGACAGCGAGAGCAAAAACGGAAAUGGAUAGUUAACACUGUGGUCGUGUGUACGGCGAAACUAACUGGAGUCCGUGUUUACACUGUCUCGAUCAAUUUCCCGCAUAAUGUAACUACGUCGUUCAUUGUAAACACAAAAUAAUACAUAAAGAAUAGUUACAUUGAUAA